ACGUUUUCCAUUGCUCACAUUGACACUUUCUCCGGUUGGUACAAUGUCCCAGCAGGCGAGCGCGUUUUCGCCGUUCGUCGGCGCCAAACUGCACACGGGCAACAAACCCGCUGUUUUGUCGACGGAUGGACUCAAGCCGCCGCCGACCGUCGGUGACGACUUGGACCGACGACCGAGUACACAGGUGCUUGCACCGGAACUUGCGGCGCUGCGAGCGCACGGCCGUCGCGCUGCCGAAAACCUGAUCCGACUGAAUGCGUCCACACAGUGGCACAGCGUCCAGCGGACUGUGCCCGACGAGCAUCAUCCGAUGGACUCGACCGCGGACAAGGCGCUGGAGCUGGUCCAGACGGCGGAGGAUGGCUUUUGCAGUAUCCGAGGCACGGCCGCCGUGUACGCGUCGUUUGACGAAGUCAUGCAAGUGCUCAGUGUCAAGCAUCCCCGGCGGGUGCGCAGCAUGUACAGCCAUUUCUUUGGAAAGAUGUCGUCUGAAGGCCGAACGCCCGUGUCAUCGUGUGUGUACUACCAGCCUGCCGAGGACAACGCAGCCCCGAACCAAGUGUUGUCGGUGGAGACUGUUCAAGUCCGACCGCAUUGGAGUAGCAUCAACCCGACGAUGACCACCACCCAUCUUCGCGACAAGCACGAGUAUGCGAUCCUCCGAUUCGUAGCUCCUGACGAUUACGCCGGCGUGUGCGUGUGGGAUGACGUUGACCUAAAAUGCACCCCACUCGAACGCAACACGCCCCUGCGACGAUGUGGGUUUGUCGUGUCACGAGCUAGCCCCCACCACGUGCAAGCGUCGUUUAUCUCGUCCACGGCACUGAAAACUGCAGCCGACGGGCGGCCUGCGCUGCCGGCGUCCACAUACUUUGCCAUGCAGAACCUUGUCACAUCCACCCUGCGCGGCAUGCACGCCGCGGUGGUGGACCUGCGCCUGCAUGCGCCUAUGGUGCUGCCCAAGGAAGUUAUGGGGGACGGCCCGCGGUGCGUCCGGUGUUCGAAAGCGUUCACGUUCUAUCGGUAUAAACAUCAUUGCCGGCACUGCGGCGACGUCGUGUGCACGCACUGCAGCAGCUCCGUGGGUGUGAUCGACGACGACGACUCGUUCGGCAGCCAACCCCCGUCCGAAUCGCAAGAACCAAGCGGCGGCGCUACCACGCUUCCCCGCGGAGGUAGAAAUGGCCAGCCAACUGCUGCCACUACUACUACGACGCCAACCCCCACCUGGAGCCGACGCGUACGACUGUGUGUGGGCUGCCAAGACGGUCGCAAUCUGCACUGCAUGCGGAGGGCAUCGUUGAAGCGACACUCGUCCGGCACCAGCAGCAUUGGACGGCCGCCCGCACCCCACGCCCCCUCCACGUCAAGCCCCGUUGUCACCUCCCCGACGAUGUUCGAUGGCGACAAUACGCCCCUGCCAAGCCCGUACCAAUUUCGGGGGGCGUCUCGGUUAAACACAGCCCCCCCUCCCCCCUUCCAAGGGGGUCCGUCGGGGAGUUCGAGUUCCCGUCAUCUCCCUGGAUCCAAGACACCUUCUCAACCGUACCAGCAGCACCACGGGGGCCGGUCUCCGUUUGUAAGCUCAACCACGAGCUACGACGGCAACAGCAGCAGCAGCAGCAGCACCCCUCCCCCCCACCCGUCGCCUUGGUCCCCGACGGGCACGCCGUCGGUGGUCGAGUCCCCCAAGUUUCGCGCCGACCAAUUCGACAAUUUCGUCGAUGCGUCGGCCGUCAAGAACAGCGCGCGACACCGCCACCGGUCGUCUGCCCGAGGGAAGAAGGCGGCGGCGGCGGCCCACGAGCCCAUCCCGGAACCAUCCGUGGUUCAAAACGAAGACGAGAAAGCCCCCGACGUUGUCACAGAGAGCACCCUGCUUUCGUAUCCGCUGACGUUUAAAGAUGGAAAUGCGUGGCCAGAUCCCCCCACGACCCCGCACGAGGCGUGGCGCCUCCAAAAAACCAAAACCCUCGAUUUGCUUCGACCCCACCCCGAAACGCACACGUACGUCAAGAUGGCGUGCAAAACCAUGCAAUGCCACGUCGGGGCACUCACAAUUGUGGGCGGGUCCAAGGGCCUGUUGAUCGCCAAAGUCGGCGUCGCAGCUGACUCGAUCCCCCGUCACAUUUUGUUCGAGUCGCAUGUCCUCAUGUCGACCGAGCCGUUGGUCGUGCUGGACUGCCACAAUGACCUGCGCUUCAUGACCAACCCCCUCGUCUGCCAAGGAGAUAUUGGCAUCCGCUUCUACGUGGGAGUGCCGUUAAUCACGUCCGACGGAUGCAUCGUCGGCGCGCUUAGCGUCGUGGACACCCGUCCGCGGACCAAGGUUCGCCAGCUGGACCUCCACACGCUCGUGUUAACGGCUCGGACGCUCAUGCGGCGGUUCGAAGACUUGACGACAGCCGCCGCGCUGCAUUCUGGCCAGAGCAGCGACGAGAAAAAGUCGAGGCCAGUGUCGUGGCAGCAGGCGGCCGUGUCCGAUGUGGACUAAAUCUAGCGUAUUUAUUGUUCUUGUCCAGUUGGAAAAUUAAUAUUUUCUAUUUUAGUCAUACGACCACUUGUAGUAACGUUAGUGUACUGUAAUAAUACACGUUUUUGCG